AUGAAACCUAACUUGAAGCAAUGGAAACAACUCAUGCUAUUUGGGAUCUUUGCAUGGGGUCUGCUUUUUCUGAGGCUUCUGCCCCUUCAGGGCAAGCAGAGAGUCAUCAUGGGAGCCAUUCAUGAUCCAUCAUUCUCUGAAACCAUCGAUGGGAAUGAGGUACUUCUUAAUGAAGAUCUCUUAGGUACAUUUAAAUCGGGGACUGGAAAUAUUAAGAAAUGGACUGAUUUGGAAGAUGCCUUUAGAAAUGAAGAUGAGUUUUUUCCAUCCCAGAUAGGAAGAAAAUCAAAAAGUGCUUUCUACCAAGUGAAUGACAAUUAUUUAUUUGCUGCUGGUCAGCCUCAGUCACACAACCACCUUCAAGAGAUAGCAAAGUUCAUCUCAGCUGAUGAGGAUAAUCCAAAAGUAAAUAUUUUACAGAACAACUGGAGCCAUCAGAGAAGAAUGAAGAGAAGGAGCACAAAGCACAGGAGAAGCCAGAUGCUUGAUGAAUCUGAUGACUGGGAUGGGCUAUAUUCCACAAUGUCGAAAUCCUUUCUUUACAAGCUUUGGAAAGGGGAUGUCUCUUCCAAGAUGCUAAACCCUCGACUGCAGAAGGCGAUGAAAGAUUAUUUGAGCACCAAUAAGCAUGGGGUGCGGUUCAAGGGGAAACGAAACUCCAAGUUGACAGGAGACCAGCUAUUCUGCGAGCUGAAAGAAAGGGUGAAUGUGAAAACAAUAGAUGGCAAGGAGGCUCCCUUCUCCACUCUUGGAUGGGAAAAGCACGUUCCCCAAAUUCCACUGGGCAAAUUGUAUACACAUGGCUUUGGGAGCUGUGCCGUAGUUAUGUCUGCUGGUGCAAUACUGAACUCCUCUCUAGGAGAUGAAAUAGAUUCUCAUGAUGCUGUUCUAAGAUUUAAUUCUGCUCCAACACGUGGCUAUGAAAAAGAUGUUGGAAAUAAAACAACCAUGCGAAUCAUUAACUCUCAGAUUCUCACCAAUCCAAACCAUCACUUUGUCGACAGCUCCUUGUACAAAGAUGUUAUCUUAGUAGCCUGGGAUCCUGCCCCCUACUCUGCGAAUCUGAACGUGUGGUAUAAGAAGCCGGACUACAAUCUGUUCACUCCCUAUGUACAGCAUCGCAGGAAGAAUCCAAACCAGCCAUUUUACAUUCUCCAUCCAAAGUUUAUAUGGCAGCUCUGGGACAUCAUUCAGGAGAACACUAAAGAGAAGAUACAGCCCAACCCUCCUUCUUCAGGUUUUAUUGGUAUCCUCAUCAUGAUGUCCAUGUGUAACGAAGUGCACGUGUACGAAUACAUCCCUUCAGUCCGACAGACCGACCUAUGCCACUACCAUGAACUCUACUACGAUGCAGCUUGUACCUUAGGGGCCUACCACCCACUGCUCUACGAGAAGCUGUUGGUGCAGAGGAUGAACAAAGGUUUGCAGGAUGAUCUGUAUCGGAAGGGGAAAGUCAUUUUGCCUGGGUUCAAAGCUGUCAAGUGCCCUGAACGAAAUGAUUUCCCACACUUGUAG